AUGAUAUGUACGUCAAUGUGCAAUCAUAAAUGACGUCAAUAUUAAAAUCAAUAAUUAAAAUGUCGAUCAGAAGUAUUCAAUAAAAAAAUUGCACAAUCGAUCAAUAUGACAUAUUCUUAAAGAUUUAAUUUAAAAAUACUACAAUAAACAUUGUCUGUAAUUUAUAAUCAAAUUGAUGAUUAAUAAAUUUUAUCCUACUUUGCAGCUUUUCAUAUUGGAGCUAUUCUUAUAUUUUAUGCUAUUUUAUAAUUAUCAUAAUCAGCGAUGGAGUAUCUUCAUCUUCUGCAAUAACUUCAAAUUCAAGUUUUCCUGUAAAUUCGAGAUUAAAAUAUGGUCGUGGAUCCUUAAGGACUUCAAAAAGACUGUUUCGUGAUAUGGAUCAUUCAAUAGAUCCUUGCGAUAAUUUUUACAAAUUUGCUUGUGGAAAAUUCAAAAGAUCUAAUAAUAUUAUCCGUCCAGACUACCAUAGUGAUCGAUUUGUAACAGGUGAAAGUCGUAUUAUAGGUGACUUGCACACAACAAUAACUAACUUAGACUCCAAAAUUAAUUUCAAGCCAUUUAAAGUUGUCAGAAAAUUCUAUGAUACUUGUAUGAACACCACUAACAUUGAAUUACAAGGAUAUCAACCAUUAAUUAAAAUUCUAAAAAAACUUCAUGGCUGGCCUCUGAUGCCAACUCGAUGGAAUAAAGUAAUUUUCAGUUGGGAAGAAUUGGUCUACAAAAUCAGAAGAAAUGGAUACACUGGUGAUUACUUUAUAGGACUUAGUAUUAAUGUAGAUCCAAGAAAUAGCUCCAAGCUUGCUCUUUAUAUGCAAGAUCCGGAGUUAGAAUUUCCUUAUGAGCAAUUUUCCAAAGGUCUAGAUGAUCCAACUAUUAAAGCUUAUUAUUCAUACAUGAUUGAUAUUGCUGAGUUACUGGGAGUUGAUAGAAAUCAAGCAAAAAAUCAAUUUGCAGAUGUACUUGAAUUUGAAAUGCGUUUAUCAAAGCUUAUACAUGAAAGUGAUCGUGUUACAACAUCUUUAAAAAUAAUGAGGAUGAAAGAUAUAAAAUGGUCAUGGCCCCGUAUUAACUGGGACAUGAUAGUUAAAAAAGUAUUAAUUCCAUACGUGAAAAUUUAUGAUAAUGAAACAGUGAUUGUGUCCAAUCCAAAUUACAUUACAGCUUUUGAGAAUCUUAUUAAUACAACUCCUUCAAGAGUACAAAAAAAUUAUGCUUUAUGGAAAGUAAUUCAAAGCUCAGUACCUUAUCUUGAUAGUAAAAUACAAAAAAAAUUGUCAACAUAUAAAUUAUCACGUGGAGAAAAAGGGAUACAAAAUGUAAGAGCAGUCACGUGUAUGUUAGAAGUCAUGAAAGAAUUCAAAUUAGCAACUGACUCUUUAUAUAUUCGAAAUUUCGUCAAACGUAACACGAAAGCUAAAGUCACUGAGAUGACUAAUUACAUUAAAAAUGAAUUAUUAGAUGUUAUUGAUAAAAUGAGAUGGCUGGACAAGAAAACAAUAAGUGAUGUUAAAGGACAAGUUAAAAAUGUAACUCAAUUCAUAGCUUAUGCUGAUGAAUUAUUGGAUGAUAAUAAAUUAAGAAAUUAUUACAAAGAUCUUAAAAUUGAUGGAUUGGAUUAUCUACAGAGUUCGCGAAAUAUUAAUACAUUUAACAUGAAAAAAGUUUGUCAAAGUUUGAAACAAGAAUUUAAUUAUACUGAUUGGACCAUCCUGGAUCCAUGGACGACAGUGAAUGCUCGCUAUGUUAAAUAUGCGAAUCGAAUUGAAAUACCGGCUGGAAUUUUACAAAGUCCAUUUUAUGAGCACAAUAGACCUUUGUAUGUCAACUAUGGAGCCAUUGGAUCAAUUAUCGGUCAUGAAUUUUUCCACAUGUUUGAUAGCAAAGACAUGAUAUUUUCAAAUGGUAACAUAGAUAGGGACAGUCUUUUAGCACAACUACGAUAUUUGCGUAAAACUACAUGUCUUGUGAACCAGUACAAUAAUUAUACAAUAGAAGAAAUUGGAGAAAAGAUAGAUGGAAAAACCCGAGUUGCAGAAAAUAUUGCAGAUGGAGGAGGUAUAAGAUUAGCUUACUUGGCAUAUCAGAAGUGGGUAUCCAAUCAUACGCCAGAAGUGCAGCUUCCUAAUUUAUCUUACACGCCUAAUCAGCUAUUCUGGAUCAGCGUGGCAAACACAUGGUGCUCGGUAGAUGGUCCAAAUGCUUUGCGGUCAGUUAACAGAAAUUCUCAUAUUCCAAAUGAAUUCAGAGUCAUCGGUGCAUUAUCAAACAUACCAGAAUUUUCUACUGACUUCAAGUGUCCUGUUGGAUCUAAAAUGAAUCGACAAUCCAAAUGCACCUUUUGGCAACAAUAAAAGAGACUCUUUUUGGAACAGUAAUAACAACUCUAAGAAACUCUGCUUAAUUCUUUCAUUCUUGCUACUUCUUCUUUAAUAAGUCGAGCUUUAUCUCCUGAUUGCUAUUGAAUCUGAUCG